UCUCUUACAUCCAUCACCAUGCCAUGCCAAUACCUAAAUAUAUAAACGACGCAUCAUGCCAACCUUCCCAACUCAGCAGCUCCCCUCCCUCGGUCACAGUUCACAACACCAUCAACCGACCAAUCCAUCCAUCCAUCGCAACGUCCACCACGAUUCCCUGCCUACGCUUCCUCAUGGCGGCCGCCACCAAUACCAAGCAGAAGCGGCAGCAUCCGGCACCGGUCGUGGACCCCAAGUUCGAAUGGGCGGACAAGGCCGGCACCUACGUGCUCCGCCUCAGCCUCGAGGGGUUCAAGAAGGGCGACUUCAGGGUGCAGGUGGACGGCGCCGGCAGGCUCACCGUGAGCGGGGCGAGGCCGGGGGCCACCCCGGGUUCCUUGCACAAGGUCUUCCAGCUCCCCUCCACCGCCAGCUUCGACGACAUCACCGGCCGCUUCGAGGCCGGCGUGCUCACGCUCACCGUGCCCAAGCGCCCCUACUCUGGUGUCCCGGCGCCGACUAGCGUCGUCGAGGAGAUUAAGAGGGAUAAACCUGGUGUGGUUAAGGAGGAUGGUGCCGCCGCCACCACAGUCAGGCCUCCGCCAACCAAAGACGUCGCCGGCAGCGAGAAGAAGGCGGCCAGCGGCGACGACAGCACCACCAAGCCUAAGGAAGAGAUCGCCAAGGAGGAGGAUGUGUCCAAGAAGGCCAUGGACGAGGCCACGAAGAAUGCUCAACAUCAGAAGCAACCGGAGGAGGCAAGCAACCACAAGCAAGAGCAGCAAAAGCUAGCACCAGAACCAGAGGCGAAGAAGGAGCGAGAAGUGAAGCCUGAGGCUCCCCAGGCGGCAGCUCCGGCGGCACCCGAGAAGCCGGCACCGGAGCCAGAGGUUGCCAUCGGCGAGAAGAACAAAGCGGUGGUUGACCAGGAGAGCCUGGCGGCGGGCGUGAUACGGCGCAGCGAGGAAGAGAAAGCCAAGGCUGCGGCCGCUGCCAUGGAAGCCAAAGCGGUGCUGGAGAAGAAGGCCACGGCGUGCAGCGGCUGGAAGGAGCGCGUGGCAGGGGGGCUGGAGCAGCUGACGGACAUGAAGUGGGCGGAGAGCGUGGUGGAGAAGGCAAGGAACAACAAGGAGGUGGUCGCCAUCGCCGUCGCUGCUUUCUCGCUCGGCUUCUUCGUCUCUCAUAAGCUAUUCAGGAAGUGAGCAGCAACAGAUAUAAACAAUGGGUAAAUAUGUGCUGAAGUAAAGAUACAUAGUUGCGUGAUUAAAGUGUACAAUGACACAGCAGAACAUACAUGUAAAGUAAUUUGUGCAAGUAAAGUAUGUAUAUUGACACUAAAAACAUGAAGUCAAUCAUCAUAUCUGGCUACAACGGAAGUUGGCAAAAUCUUGGC